AUGCGUCCGGAGAUUGAGCAAGAGCUGGCUCACACCCUGCUGGUGGAGCUGCUCGCCUACCAGUUCGCCUCGCCCGUCCGAUGGAUUGAGACUCAAGAUGUCAUCCUCGCCGAGCAGCGCACCGAGCGCAUUGUUGAGAUUGGUCCUGCGGAUACCCUCGGUGGCAUGGCCCGCCGCACACUCGCCUCCAAGUACGAGGCCUACGAUGCCGCCACAUCCGUACAGCGUCAAAUUCUCUGUUACAACAAGGACGCCAAGGAGAUUUAUUAUGAUGUUGAUCCCGUCGAAGAUGAGCCGGAACCAGCCGCCGAACCACCUGCCGCCGGUGCUCCUGCUCCUGCGGCUACUGCUGCGCCCACCACAGCGGCUCCUCCUCCCAGUGCUGGCCCAGCCGCAGCUGUGGAAGAUGCUCCAGUGACGGCAGUCGAUAUCCUGCGGUCGCUGGUGGCUCAGAAACUGAAGAAAGGCCUGGCUGAUGUGCCACUGUCAAAAGCUAUCAAGGAUCUUGUUGGAGGCAAGUCCACAUUACAGAACGAAAUUCUCGGAGACUUGGGCAAAGAAUUUGGCUCGACACCGGAGAAGCCCGAGGACAUUCCGCUGGACGAGCUCGGCGCCUCGAUGCAGGCCACUUUCAAUGGCCAAUUGGGCAAGCAGUCAUCCUCCCUCAUUGCCCGCAUGGUCUCCUCCAAGAUGCCCGGUGGCUUCAACAUCACAUCCGUUCGGAAGUACCUAGAGACGCGGUGGGGCUUGGGCGCAGGCCGCCAGGACGGUGUGCUCCUGCUCGCCAUCACUAUGGAGCCGGCCGCUCGUCUGGGUUCGGAGCCCGACGCCAAAGCCUUCUUGGAUGGUGUUACCAACAAGUAUGCCGUCAGCGCCGGCAUCAACCUCUCCGCCCCCGCGGCUGGUGGUGAGAGUGGUGGUGGCGGCGGUGGUAUGAUGAUGGACCCCGCGGCCAUUGAUGCCCUGACUAAGGACCAGCGCGCUCUGUUCAAGCAGCAAUUGGAGGUGAUUGCCCGCUACCUGAAGAUGGAUCUCCGUGCCGGUGACAAGGCUUUCAUCACGUCGCAAGAAACCCAGAAGGCGCUCCAGGCCCAGAUCGACCUGUGGCAAGCCGAGCACGGCGACUUCUACGCCUCGGGCAUUGAACCCUCCUUUAACCCGCUCAAGGCCCGUGUCUACGACUCCUCGUGGAACUGGGCUCGCCAGGACGCUCUCAGCAUGUAUUACGAUAUUAUCUUCGGCCGUCUCCAGGUGGUGGACCGUGAGAUUGUGAGCCAGUGCAUUCGCAUCAUGAACCGCUCCAACCCGCUUCUCCUCGACUUCAUGCAGUACCACAUCGACAACUGCCCGACAGAACGAGGCGAGACCUACCAGCUGGCCAAGGAGCUGGGCCAGCAGCUCAUUGAGAACUGCAAGGAUGUGAUGGAUGUGCCCCCCGUUUACAAGGAUGUCGCCGUUCCCACUGGCCCUCAGACCAGCAUUGAUGCCCGGGGUAACAUCAGCUUCAAGGAGGCACCCCGCGCCAGUGCCCGCAAGCUGGAGCACUACGUCAAGCAGAUGGCCGAAGGUGGCCCCAUUUCCGAGUACAGCAACCGCAACAAGGUCCAGAACGAUCUGAAGAAUGUGUACAAGCUUAUCCGUAAGCAACACCGCCUCUCCAAGGCCUCCCAGCUUCAGUUUGAUGCUCUGUACAAGGAUGUCCUCCACGCUCUCAGCAUGAACGAGGGCCAGAUCAUGCCCCAGGAGAAUGGUCAUGCCAAGAAAACUGGCCCCAACGGUGUGAAGCGUGCAGCUAUUCGCCCCGGCAAGGUCGAGACCAUUCCCUUCCUGCACCUUAAGAAGAAGUCUGAGCACGGCUGGGACUACAACAAGAAGCUCACUGGUAUCUACCUGAACGUCCUGGAGUCGGCUGCUCAGUCUGGUCUCAGCUUCCAGGGCAAGAACGUCCUCAUGACUGGUGCCGGUGCCGGUUCCAUCGGUGCUGAGGUCCUGCAGGGUCUGAUCAGCGGUGGUGCCAAGGUCAUUGUCACCACCAGCCGCUUCUCGCGUGAGGUGACCGAGUACUACCAGGCUAUGUACGCCCGCUUCGGUGCCCGCGGCUCCCAGCUGGUUGUCGUUCCCUUCAACCAGGGUAGUAAGCAGGAUGUGGAGGCCCUGGUCGACUACAUCUACGACACCAAGAAGGGUCUUGGCUGGGAUCUUGAUUUCGUCGUUCCUUUCGCCGCCAUCCCCGAGAACGGCCGCGAGAUCGACUCGAUUGACUCCAAGUCGGAGCUGGCCCACCGUAUCAUGCUGACCAACCUGCUCCGCAUGCUGGGUUCGAUCAAGACCCAGAAGCAGGCCCACGGCUUCGAGACCCGCCCGGCCCAGGUCAUCCUCCCUCUGUCGCCCAACCACGGUACCUUUGGUAACGACGGUCUUUAUUCCGAGUCCAAGCUGGGCCUGGAGACCCUCUUCAACCGCUGGUAUUCCGAAAACUGGGCCAACUACCUCACCAUCUGUGGUGCUGUCAUUGGUUGGACCCGUGGUACCGGUCUAAUGAGCGGCAACAACAUGGUCGCUGAGGGCGUUGAGAAGCUUGGUGUCCGCACCUUCUCCCAGCAGGAGAUGGCCUUCAAUCUUCUGGGUCUAAUGUCCCCGGCCGUCGUCAACCUCUGCCAGCUCGACCCCGUCUGGGCCGACCUCAACGGUGGCCUGCAGUUCAUUCCCGACCUCAAGGGCCUGAUGACCAAGCUCCGCACCGACAUCAUGGAGACCAGCGAUGUUCGCCAGGCUGUCAUCAAGGAGACUGCCAUCGAGAACAAGGUUGUCAAUGGCGAGGACAGCGGCAUUUUGUACAAGAAGGUUGUUGCCGAACCCCGUGCCAAUAUCAAAUUCGAGUUCCCCAAACUCCCCGAUUGGGAGAAGGAGGUCAAGCCUCUCAACGAGUCUCUCAAGGGUAUGGUCAACCUGGACAAGGUGGUUGUCGUCACCGGUUUCGCUGAGGUUGGUCCUUGGGGUAACUCGCGUACCCGCUGGGAGAUGGAGGCCUACGGCAAGUUCUCGCUUGAGGGUUGCGUCGAGAUGGCCUGGAUCAUGGGUCUGAUCAAGCAUCACAACGGUCCCCUCAAGGGCAAGGUUUAUUCUGGUUGGGUUGACGCCAAGUCCGGCGACCCCGUUGACGACAAGGAUGUCAAGCCCAAGUAUGAGAAGUUCAUCCUGGAGCACACUGGUAUUCGUCUGAUCGAGCCUGAGCUGUUCAAGGGCUACGACCCCAAGAAGAAGCAGCUUCUGCAGGAGAUCGUUAUCCAGGAGGACCUGGAGCCCUUUGAGGCCUCCAAGGAAACCGCCGAGGAGUUCAAGCGUGAGCACGGUGACAAGGUCGAGAUCUUCGAAAUCCCCGAGUCUGGCGAGUACACUGUCCGUCUGCGCAAGGGCGCGAACCUGCUCAUCCCCAAGGCUCUCUCGUUCGACCGCCUGGUGGCUGGCCAGAUCCCCACUGGCUGGGAUGCUAAGCGCUAUGGUAUUCCCGAUGACAUUGUUGAGCAGGUUGACCCUGUGACACUGUUUGUCCUGGUCUGUACCGCCGAGUCCAUGCUCUCUGCUGGUAUUACCGACCCCUAUGAGUUCUACAAGUACGUCCAUCUCUCCGAGGUUGGUAACUGUAUCGGUUCCGGUAUCGGUGGUACCCACGCUCUGCGCGGCAUGUACAAGGACCGCUACCUCGACAAGCCUCUGCAGAAGGAUAUCCUGCAGGAGUCCUUCAUCAACACCAUGAGCGCCUGGGUCAACAUGUUGCUCCUGUCCUCGACCGGUCCUAUCAAGACUCCCGUCGGUGCUUGCGCUACUGCCGUCGAGUCCGUGGAUAUCGGUUACGAGACUAUCGUGGAGGGCAAGGCUCGUGUCUGCUUCGUCGGUGGUUUCGAUGACUUCCAAGAGGAAGGCUCGUACGAAUUCGCCAACAUGAAGGCCACCAGCAACGCCGAGGACGAGUUUGCCCACGGUCGCACCCCGCAGGAGAUGUCCCGUCCGACCACCACCACCCGUGCCGGCUUCAUGGAGUCACAGGGUUGCGGUAUGCAGCUCAUCAUGAGCGCCCAGCUCGCCCUCGACAUGGGUGUUCCCAUUCACGGUAUCAUUGCUCUGACCACCACCGCCACCGACAAGAUCGGUCGCUCCGUCCCCGCUCCUGGCCAGGGUGUCCUCACCACUGCCCGUGAGAACCCCGGCAUGUUCCCCUCGCCUCUGCUGGACAUCAAGUACCGCCGCCGCCAGCUCGAGCUGCGCAAGAAGCAGAUCAAGGAGUGGCAGGAGUCCGAGCUGCUCUACCUGCAGGAAGAGGUCGACGCCAUGCAGGCCCAGAGCGACAAGUCCUUCAACGCCUCCGAGUACAUGCAUGAGCGUGCCCAGCACAUUGAGCGUGAGGCCAUUCGCCAAGAGAAGGAUGCCCAGUUCAGCCUCGGCAACAACUUCUGGAAGCAGGAUUCGCGUAUCGCUCCCCUGCGCGGCGCCCUGGCCACCUGGGGUCUCACUGUCGACGACAUCGGUGUCGCCUCGUUCCACGGUACCUCGACCGUUGCCAACGACAAGAACGAGUCCGAUGUCAUCUGCCAGCAGCUCAAGCACCUCGGUCGUAAGAAGGGUAACGCCGUCAUGGGUAUCUUCCAGAAGUACCUCACCGGUCACCCCAAGGGCGCGGCCGGAGCCUGGAUGUUCAACGGCUGCUUGCAAGUUCUGGAUUCCGGUCUCGUCCCCGGCAAUCGCAACGCCGACAAUGUGGACAAGGUGAUGGAGAAAUUCGACUAUAUCGUCUACCCGAGCCGCAGCAUCCAGACCGACGGCAUCAAGGCGUUCUCCGUGACCUCCUUCGGUUUCGGUCAGAAGGGUGCCCAGGUCAUCGGUAUCCAUCCCAAGUACCUGUUCGCAGCGCUUGAUCAGGCCCAGUACCAGACCUACAAGGCCAAGGUCGAAUCGCGCCAGAAGAAGGCGUACCGCUACUUCCACAACGGCCUGAUCAACAACAGUAUCUUUGUGGCGAAGAGCAAGGCCCCCUAUGAGGACGCCCAGCAGAGCCAGAUCUUCCUGAACCCCGACUACCGCGUGAGCAUGGACAAGAAGACCUCGGAGCUGAAAUACUCGAACACACCCCCAAAGGCCGCUGAGCGGGAGAGCACCCGGCAGAUGGUGGAGUCUCUCGCCAAGGCCAACGCAGCUGGCGAGAACUCCAAGGUCGGCGUGGAUGUGGAGAACAUUGACGCGGUCAACAUCAGCAACGAGACCUUCGUUGAGCGCAACUUCACCGCGAGCGAGCAGGAGUACUGCCGCAAGGCGGCGUCCCCGCAGGCCUCUUUCGCCGGCCGGUGGAGUGCCAAGGAAGCCGUCUUCAAGUCUCUGGGCGUCAGCAGCAAGGGCGCUGGCGCAGCACUAAAGGAGAUUGAGAUCGGAAGCGACGCUAACGGCGCUCCCGUUGUGAACCUUCACGGUGCCGCCGCUACCGCUGCCAAGCAAGCGGGCGUCAAGCAGAUCACUGUCAGCAUCAGCCACAGCGACUCGCAGGCCGUCGCGGUCGCUGUUUCGCAGUUCUAG